AGUGAUGUGUGCAGAAAGCAGCAUCGCCCACAGACCACUUCAAGCUACAGCUAAAUUGGAGGCUUAUUUCGUGGCCUACAUUUGCUCCUUUAGCUCUGACCUCUGAUGGAAGUAACUCUAUCAGGACAGGGACAUCUUUAGAGCACGUUGUCUGGACUCUGGAGGAACUCCGUCGCUUAGCAACUAUGUAAACACUUCCUUGACAGGACACAAUGCAGCGUACACGGUCAAAAGGAAGCCACAGUAAAUUUGCCAUUACUGCAGUUGCUUUGCAAGACCACAUAUCACGCAAUCUAUCUCUGUGUGAUCCUCUGCCAGAGAGACACAAGAGCUCACAAAGGAAACAAAAACCCCGAAAACCAUCUGCAGGUAACACCGUUGGACAGAGAGGGCACCACCGGGACGAUGGGCCAGAAGAGAAAGAAUACGUCCUCGAUCCCUGCCCCCCGCCAAUGACACUGGCUCAGAAACUUGGAUUGGCUGAUGCCCCGCCAGCACCACUGACAGUGGACGAGUGGAGCAGGGUGAAGUGGAGGUCUGUGGACCAAGGGGACUCCAGCCAGCCUUGUGCCAUCUGCAGGGAGGAGUUCCGGCUGCAGCCUCAGGUCCUGCUGUCCUGCUCCCACGUCUUCCACAGGGUCUGUUUGCAGGCGUUUGAGAGGUUCUCGGGGAGGAAGUGCUGCCCCAUGUGCAGGAAGGAGCAGUACCAGACCAGAGUGAUUCACGACGGGGCUCGGCUCUACAGGGAGAAGAGCGCAGUCAGAAUUCAAGCAUGUUGGCGGGGCUAUGUGGUUCGGAAGUGGUAUGGGGAAGUAAGGAAAACCGUACCUCCUAAGGACAAAGGAUUAAGAAGAAAAUUCUUUGAACAAAAGUUUCAGGAGCUGAGUGACAGCCUGGUCCGCUCCUGUGACACCGACGUGGAGGAGUUUCUCAGCGCCAUUGAUUGUGAACUUGCCUGGAGCAGAAGUGCGCUCUGUCAGUUUGAAGAACAGCGCGUUUCAGAGACAAAGGAAGAGGACUGGGACAAAAUUCAAGAGAAGGCUGCCAGACAGGAGGCCCGGGACUGUCCCAUCUGCCUGGCCCCCCUGUGCCUGGGGACGGGCCGUACGGAGGCGGGGGGGCGCAGGGGUGUGCUCCUGCUCUCCUGCUCCCACCUCUUCCACCGCUGCUGCCUGGAGGCCUUCGAGACCUUCUGCCUGGAGAGGAGGCCCGUGUGCCCGCUCUGCAGGUCCCUCUACCACAAGAGGCUCGUCUGACUCUACCCAGCAGCACUGUGUGAGGCACUGCGGCUCACGCUCUCUGAGGGGCAGCCCGUGUGCAGGUCCCUCUACCACAAGAGGCUCGUCUGACUCCAGCACCACUGUGUGAGGAACGUGCUCCCUACUGCAGCAGCAUCUGAGCCUGAUGUGAGGAUUGGUGACUUUGUACCUCACCUUUUCUGUCUCGCUCAGGGAAUGUGUUUUAGUGGACCUCAAAGCCGACUGCUGUCGACUCCUGAUGAUGUCAGGAGCACUGGACUUGACUGGAAUAAUUGCGUGCUUAAUAGGAGUGGACUGAAGUAUGCAAGUACCGUGUGUAUAUACGUCAUAUUAUCCUGAUAAAAAAUAUACUGUUACAUUCCCAGACUAUGGAAAUGAUUUAAUGCUGACACAUUUGUAAGAUGUGGUAUUACUUGAUAGCUUCACAUAAAUGUUUCUUGA